GCACCGAAGGCUCAUCCAUCCGCAGAGCAGGGCAGUGGGAGGAGACGCCAUGACCCCCAUCCUCACCGUCCUGAUCUGUCUCGGGCUGAGUCUGGGCCCCAGGACCCACGUGCAGGCAGGGACCCUCCCCAAGCCCACCCUCUGGGCUGAACCAGGCUCUGUGAUCACCCAGGGGAGUCCUGUGACCCUCAGGUGUCAGGGGGGCCAGGAGACCCAGGAGUACCGUCUAUAUAGAGAAAAGAAAACAGCAUCCUGGAUUACACGGAUCCCACAGGAGCUUGUGAAGAAGGGCCAGUUCCCCAUCCCGUCCAUCACCUGGGAACACGCAGGGCGGUAUCGCUGUUACUAUGGUAGCCACACUGCAGGCCGGUCAGAGAGCAGUGACCCCCUGGAGCUGGUGGUGACAGGAGCCUACAGCAAACCCACCCUCUCAGCUCUGCCCAGCCCUGUGGUGACCUCAGGAGGGAAUGUGACCCUCCAGUGUGGCUCACAGCUGGCAUUUGAUGGCUUCAUUCUGUGUAAGGAAGGAGAAGAUGAACACCCACAAUGUCUGAACUCCCAUUCCCAUGCCCGUGGGUCAUCCCGCGCCAUCUUCUCCGUGGGCCCCGUGAGCCCGAGUCGCAGGUGGUCGUACAGGUGCUAUGCUUAUGACUCGAGCUCUCCCUAUGUGUGGUCUCUACCCAGUGAUCUCCUGGAGCUCCUGGUCCCAGGUGUUUCUAAGAAGCCAUCACUCUCAGUGCAGCCGGGUCCUGUCGUGGCCCCUGGGGAGAAGCUGACCCUCCAGUGUGGUUCUGAUGUCGGCUAUGACAGAUUUGUUCUGUACAAGGAGGGGGAACGUGACUUCCUCCAGCUCCCUGGCCGGCAGCCCCAGGCUGGGCUCUCCCAGGCCAACUUCACCCUGGGCCCUGUGAGCCGCUCCUACGUCCAGUACAGAUGCUCCGGUGCACACAACCUCUCGUCCGAGUGGUCGGCCACCAGCGACCCCCUGGACAUCCUGAUCACAAGACAGAUCCAUGCCAGACCCUCCCUCUCGGUGCAGCCGGGCCCCACGGUGGCCUCAGGAGAGAAUGUGACCCUGCUGUGUCAGUCACAGGGAUGGAUGCACACUUUCCUUCUGACCAAGGAGGAAGCAGCUGAUGUCCCGCUGUGUCUAAGAUCAAAGUACCAAUCUCAUAAGUACCAGGCUGAAUUCCCUGUGGGUCCUGUGACCUCAACCCACGCGGGGACCUACAGGUGCUAUGGCUCACUCAGCUCCAACCCCUACCUGCUGACUCACCCCAGUGACCCCCUGGAGCUGGUGGUCUCAGGUGGGGGCCUUGACCCUGUCCUCUCUGAGCUCAAAGGCUCAGCUCAGACCCUGCCCCCCAGGAGAGCUUUGGACACUAAGAAAAGAGGGGAGUUGGCCGGGCGUGGUGGCUCAAACCUGUAAUCCCAGCACUUUGGGAGGCUGAGGCAGGCGGAUCAGGAGGUCAGGAGAUCGAGACCAUCCUGGCUAACAUGGUGAACCCUGUCUCCGCUAAAAAAUGGAAAAAAUUAGCUGGGCAUGGUGGCGGGUGCCUGUAGUCCCAGGUACUCAGGAGGCUGAGGCAGGAGAAUGGCGUGAACCCGGGAGGCGGAGCUUGCAGUGAGCCGACAUCACGCCACUGCACUCAAGCCUGGGUGAGAAAGCGAGACUCCAUCUC